AUGGUACUUACUGCCGAUCCCACCUCUCACCGUGUCACGUUCCCUUGCCCGCUCCUCGCCACGUGUCCUCCCUCCCGUCUCUCUCGCCUCGACAUUUCAUCAAACACGCACCAUCCCCUCUCCCUUCUCUUUGUUCCAAAAAAAUGCUACGAUCCGCUCAACCCGCCGCUAUUCUCGACCGCCCUGCGCCUUCCGUUCACCGAGUUCUCCUCCAUCACCGCCCCUCCCACGCCUGUUUCCCUUCCUCGCGGCCGGAAGGAUCCGCUCUCCACCCACCGGUCCGAACUCCCACCCCCACCGCCUCCUCCGACGCCCGCAGAUGAUCCAAAAUCUCACCGGCGGAGCACCGCACCGAAGGCUGGGGAAGAUUCCAGGUCUCACCCGCGGAGCACCGGACCGCGGAGGGAGAGAGAGAGGAAGGGGGAAAGCUACGAGAAGGAAGAGGCUAAAGUGCUCCGCGCCGCCCUCACGCACGUGGCGAGGUUGGGAUGGAGCGAGUCGGCGAUGAUAUCUGGGGCGAGGGAUGUUGGCGUUUCUCCUUCUAUUAUUGGAUCCUUUCCCCGUAAAGAAGCGGCACUUGUCGAGUUCUUCAUGGAUGAUUGCCUCCAAAGGCUUAUAGAUAGAAUUGACUCAGGACAGGAAUUGCAGGAUUUGGUACUUACAGAUCGCCUAUCAAAGCUCAUUCGCAUCCGGUUAGAAAUGCAAGCACCCUACAUAUCAAAAUGGCCUCAAGCUUUGAGCAUACAGGCACAACCAAUGAAUCUCCCAACAAGUUUUCGGCAACGGGCAGAACUUGUUGAUGAGAUUUCGCAUGCGGCUGGGGACCACAGCUCAGAGAUUGAUUGGUACGUGAAGCGGACAGUGCUGGGAGGUAUAUACUCAACGGCUGAAGUCUACAUGCUGACUGAUCAUUCUACAGAGUUCUGUGAUACGUGGACAUUCCUGGAGCGCCGAAUUAAAGAUGCUUUUGAUCUUCAGAAGACUGUUCAAGAGGCUGCAUACUUAGCAGAGGCUGUCGGUGCCGGCAUGGGCAACUCUGUGCAAGGGUUCAUGAAGAGAGUAUUCCAAAGUUGAAUCUUUGUCCAGCAUAGAAACUCUGUAGUCUUGUUAUUGUGUUCUCAUCCCAUAUUUAAUUUGGUUAAUACUUUGGAUUUUUUGAUAAGUAUGUUAUUGUUUUCCAGCAUAGAAUCUUUGUUUGCUUUGGUUAACGCUUGGGAAUUUUUGAUAAGUAUGUUAUUGAAAGUUGUAAAUUCUCAUCC